AAGAUGGCAGUGAACGUAUACUCGACGUCAGUCACCAGUGAUAACCUAAGUCGACAUGACAUGCUGGCCUGGAUCAAUGAGUCUCUGCAGUUGAAUCUGACAAAGAUUGAACAAUUGUGCUCAGGAGCUGCCUAUUGUCAGUUUAUGGACAUGCUAUUCCCGGGCUCUGUUGCCUUGAAGAAAGUGAAAUUCCAAGCUAAGCUAGAACAUGAAUAUAUCCAGAACUUCAAAAUACUACAAGCAGGUUUUAAGAGGAUGGGAGUUGACAAACUAUUAAAAAUGUCUAAUCCUCUCUCAGCCCCACAGAGACCUAUUUCAACACAGAGAACUACUGCGGCUCCUAAGGCUGGCCCAGGGGUGGUGCGAAAGAAUCCUGGUGUAGGCAAUGGCGAUGAUGAAGCAGCCGAAUUGAUGCAGCAGGUCAACGUGUUGAAACUUACUGUUGAAGACUUGGAGAAGGAGAGAGAUUUCUACUUUGGAAAGCUAAGGAACAUUGAAUUGAUUUGCCAGGAGAACGAGGGGGAGAACGACCCUGUAUUACAGAGGAUUGUAGACAUUCUCUAUGCCACAGACGAAGGCUUUGUGAUACCUGAUGAAGGGGGCCCACAGGAGGAACAAGAAGAGUAUUAACAGCCUGGACCAGCAAAGCAACAUCCGAAUUCUUCACUCCAAAUCAUGUGCUUAACUGUAAAAUACUCCCUUUUAUUAUUCUUAGAGGAUUCACUGGUUUCUUUUCAUAAGCAAAAAGUACCUCUUUUUAAAAGUGCACUUUGCAGAAGUUUCACUCCUUUUCCAAUAAGUUUGAGUUAGGAGCUUUUACCUUGUAGCAGAGCAGUAUUAACAUCUAGUUUGUUCACCUGGGGAUCAAAGAGGCUGACUAUGGGGCUCAUGAUGUGGAAUGCUGGUCACACUGAUUGCUGGAGAAUGUGUUUUUAUGUAAUACACUGAGGUGGUGACUUCAGUAAAGACUGAAUUGAGUUUUAACCUAAUGUGAAGUCUUGGCAGAGAACGUUUUAAUAAAUAAAUGCCUUAAGAGUAUUUAAAAUAUGCUUCCAUAUUUCAAAAUAUAAAAUGUAACAUGACAAGAGAUUUUAUGUGUCUGACAUUGUAUCUGCAAGGAAGGUCCAGACCUCAGAACAUUUGGAACCUGCUGUCACAGGCCUUGUGGGGUUGCUUGAAUCCCUGCAGGCCUAGGCUUUGUCCCAAAAGGAAAGUUUAAGCAAUUGCUCUGUAAAACCAUUUUGUGUCAUUGACCAGUUGCAUCCCUGCUAAAAGCAAACAGCUUGGUUGCCUGGAUGAAUAGAAGGUAAUUCAGCCCUGAAAUGUUUGAGGUGAAGAGUGUUUCAUUGAGUGUUUCUCUGAUGAUUUUUCCAUUUAUUCCUGAAAUUUCUGAUGAUUUUUCCAUUUAUUCCUGAAAUUUCUAUGUGUUGAGGAAAAUGAGGUGUGUCCAGUUUUUAAUCUAAUAACUACUAUUGGAGAAUUACCCACAUCCUUGGGAUUUGGAUGGGGGUUGUGUCCUGUUUUACUUAAGUUUACAUUUAACAUGUUUUUCUUCUCUGUCCCCCUGCCCCCUGGGGACUCCUCUUUGACUCCUUAAGUUUGCUGCUUAGCAUUGGAAGUACAGCAGGCAGAUGAUCAUGCUGCAAGCUCUUGCUGGAUCUCUAGCAAAGGGAGUGAUCAGUGAAGGCCAUCAUUAACUUGGGAUCUACAAGGCUGGGGUGUUUUCGGUAUCUGCUGUCCAUGGCUCUCCACUGUUACCCGAAUACUUUGCCAGUGCACUAAUCUCUUUGGAGAUAAAAUUCACUAGUAUGUUACUAAAUGUUAAUUUCUUUUGCAGAAAAUACAGUACCAUGUCUGAAUUAAUUAAUUAAUUAAUAUUUAAAAUAUUUCAUUCCUUAACUCUUCUUUAUUUGCUUUGCCCAUGGCCUAUUCAAUCCCUUGUUUGGCAGAAUUCUGCAAAAUGUAUGUUACCCACUACUGAGACUGUUCAGCCCCUGAUGUGUUUGUAUUGGUUUGUUUAUGGUGGUAGCUUGUCCUAAAAUGUGUGUAGAAAACAGGUAUUUUAUGAUAAAAUUGCUGUGUAGUGCAUGCUCUGUGUGGAAUUCAGAGGAAAACCCAGACUCAUUGAUUAACAAUGCCAAAAAAUGCAAGUAACUAGCCAUUGUUCAAAUGACAGUGGUGCUAUUUCUCUUUUGUGGCCUUUUAGACUUUUGUUGCCCUAAAAUUCCAUUUUGUCGGGAACCCAUUUUCCACCUGGUCUUUCUUGACAGGGUUUUUUUCUACUUUUAAACAGUUUCUAAAUAAAAUUCUGUAUUUCAAGAG